AACUUCAAAGUUACCUACCUGUUGCUUUACCAAUAAUGAGACAAUUGACAAAUAUGAAUUUUGGUAUCGGCUAUUGAUAACCUGCUUUUAUUUACUAAAGUGAUAUCAUUAUUUGAUAUUCGGUCACUAUCUGCAUUGGUUGAUUUAUUUUAUCUAUUAGAACCACGUCGUAACUUAACCUAAGCUUUUUAAAAUCUUAUUAUACCCGAUCAGUUACAUCAAGAUGAUCAACUGGAAAGCCAUUGGUGCAAUGAUCCUCCCUAAUAUUGGUGGGUGGGUUGGUGCUCUAACCAUGAGUGGUGAAGUUCAAUCAGCCAAUGGGACAUCCUGGUAUGAAUCAAUUAAUAAACCCAGCUGGAAUCCACCAAACUGGUUGUUUGGUCCUGCCUGGACAGCUCUGUAUACUGGAAUGGGAUAUGCUUCCUACAUGGUCUAUGAGGACUGUGGUGGAUUUACAGAUGAUGCAUUAAUUCCCUUGGCAUUGUAUAGUGGUCAUUUGAUAUUGAAUUGGACAUGGACACCUGUCUUCUUCAAGUUUCAUCAGAUUGGUUUGGCUUUAAUUCAUAUGUUAGCAUUGGAUGCCGCUGCAACAGCUUGUACAGUGAGCUUCUUCAAGAUUAACAAAAAAACUCUAUACCUCAUGGCCCCCUAUUUGUGUUGGCUUACAUUUGCCACCUGUCUUAAUUAUUCCAUCUGGCAACUAAACAAAGAUGACGGCAGAAAGGAAUUGCACAUCUGAUGUAUGUUCUCCGGACUCUUUACAAGAUUUAUUAAGUCAUGAUUAAAAUACUAUAGUUUCAGUGCAAAUAGAUUUUGUAAUAUAUUACACACAGGCACAUAAAAUGUAUAAUUACAAUAUAUUAAGUGAAAAAAAUAUUUCACUGAGUAUUGUUAUCACAAAAUGUAUAUAGCCUAUUACGAUUACAAGAAGAGUAUUCUAGAAGAGAUCUUGAAUAAUUUAUGAUAUCACUUUAUAAGUAGUUAGGUUCAAUAGUUAUGUAUUAUAAAUAAAGUUAUAUUAAUAAAUAAUUGUUUGUAGCACAGCUAUAAGCAAAUUGUAUGGAAUAUGUAAAUAUAAUAUUUGUUUAUUGUUACACCUCCAGCCAUUGGAAUAGGCUAUAGAUAAGAGUCUACUACAUUGUUUACAAGUAUGUUAAUGUUUGUAUAUUUAUGAAUUGUUUUACAUAAUACAUGAUAAGAAUUUGUAAUUUU